UGGUUUCAGGAAACACUGAGCGAAUCGCGUUUGGACUUUUUGUCCCUCUGUUUGUGCCGUAAUUGUGUGUGGACGAGAGAGCUGCUAUCAGCAUGGCAGAGUGCACGACGUUAGAAAGCCUCCUGGAGAUGGGCUUUGACAGAAACAGAGCGGAGAAGGCUGUAGCACACACUGGCAACCAGGGCAUUGAGAGAGCUAUGGACUGGCUGAUGGAACACGAGAACGAUCCAGACAUAGACGAGCCGUACGUGCCACCGUCAGGGAACGUUCUAGGCUCAGACGAACAACAGAGCCCGUCCCAGCCUGACUCUGAACCCACUGAGUCUGCUGGAGAGAUGGCAGAACAGGGAGAUGCCAAACAACCAAUGACAGAAGAGGAAAAAAAAGAACAAAUUAAGAGGCUUGAGGAGUUGAUGAGGGUGAAGCAGGAGGAGAGGAGAGAGAGGGAGCGGCAGGAGGAGGUGGAGAGGGAGAAACAGAGGAGGAAACAGGGCCAGGAGCUGCAGCAGAUCCGACAGAAGCUACAGGACGAUGAAAUGAAGCAGCUGGCUGAACAGCGCAGGAGAGAGAAAAUGGAGGACCGAUUGGCAAAGCAGAGAGUCAAAGAGAAGAUUGCACGCGACAGAGAAGAGAGGGCACGCAAGUUUGGCGGUAGCUCUUCGAGUACAGCCCUGACAUCUCCUUCUUCUGAGGCCACUGCCCAGUCUCCUCCUGAGAACCAGGGCCCUCCUCCAGCCAAGAAAGACUACGAUGAAUGUCGGAUACAGGUUCGUCUGAUGGACGGCUCUGCGCUGAUGGCAGUCUUUAAGGCCCAGGAGCCUCUGGCUGCAGUGCGAGUGUAUGUGCAGAUGAACAGCUCUGAGGGUGAGGACUUCACCCUCUUGUCCCCUUACCCCCGCCGUGUCUACACAGACCUCGACAUGGAGAAACCUCUACGCGAGCUGGGUUUGGUGCCUUCCGCUGUCCUUGUGGUUGCAAAGAAAUAAAGGCAGACUAGUUUUAUCCACGUUCUUCCACCCCUUCUCAUAUGGUGAACAGAAGAGAAAACGGGUUACGAUCAUGGACUGGAUUUGAUUUUAUACACGUCAUUUAAAGUCAAACAGGCCUUAAUGGUUACCACAACAAUAAAACAUUCACACUGACAACAACAGAGUUAAGUGAACACUCAAAUUCUGGUUCUCAUCCUUAUUCAGUGAUUCUGCUGUGUAUUAUUUCUUGACACAGUUGGAAUAAAUUUCAUUUUUUGGCCUGUGGCCGCACUGUAAAUAAAAUGCACUUAACCAUUA